AUGUCCUCUCACUACGCCCACUACACAGUCCCACACGGCAAGCUCGACAUUGGGCCGGCGAAGGAGCUGGCAAAGAAACGUGGCAGCCAAGCGGCUGCCCCGGCGGCAUCUGCUUGGAAGGCACGACUGACGCCAGCCCCUGCAGAGGAGAAAGUUGCUGUGGAGGUUGGCAACCAGGGCGAUGGGCUCUUGGACGACUUCGUGGCCCGAUCGAAGGUGGCUGUCGAGAGCAAGGACGGCACCCAACCGAAGCCGAAGAACGGAGGCGCGGUCGCCGAUGAGCGGAGGAAGAAGAAGGUGAAGAAAGAGAAAAGGAGGCGGAAAGAGGCGGAAGCGGCUCCGGAAGAGCAGGAGCCGCCGACGGACCAGCUUGCACUGACCGAGGAGGAAGAGGAGACAGAGGAUAACCGGCUCCUCGACGAGGACGAGGAGUACGUGCAGACGGAGGAGGCCGAACAGUCGGGAGAGCCCGGAGAGGAGGAGACGAAGCCCAAGAAGAAAAAGAAGAAGAGUCGGGAAGGCGAGCCCGACAAAGCCGAAAAGGGCGGGAAAGCUUCGAAGGCGAACAAGAGGAAAGCAAAAGCCGAGAAGCCAAAGGCGCGUGCAAAGAAGAAAGAGGCGAAGACGGAGAAGGUGAAGAAGAAGGUCAGUGAGGAGGAAGUCGCCGAAGUCGCCGAAGCAGAAGAGGAGCGCUCCUCUUUGGUGCUGCGCGAGCGUGUGAAGGUAGAGUGGAAGCGGAAGGCUCAGGAGAAGCUGAAGAAGCCAGAACCGGCAAAGGAGAAAGUGAAAGAGCGCACGAAGGAGAGGGAUAAGAAGGAAGAACGUGGCAAGGACAAGGACAAGAAGAAAGAGAGCAAGGAGGAGCGUGUGAAGGAGAAGCGAUCAGAGCGCCGGCGCUCAUCGACGCCGCCGCGGUCGAAGCGGAGUCCUCCACGGAGAAGAUCUCGUUCGCCAGCGAAGAGGCAAAGUACGCCGCCACGGCGACGAGCGAAGAGCCGUUCCCGCAGCCGGCGCGCUAGUCCCCCCGCGCGGUCGCGCAGUCGGCGGCGGAGCCCCCGGCCGAGGAGGUCCAAGCAGCGCAGCCCCAAGGCUCCGAACUCUCCGGCACGCAGCCCGAGCCGCCGGCGGAAAGCCCGGAGCCGAAGUCACCGGAAACCAGCCCGUCGCAGCAGGCGGCGCAGCUCCGAAAAUGCUGGGAGGAGGUUGAGCAGGAAGCGCUCCUCUUCCUCGCGUCGGCGGAAGAAGGCGCGGCGAGGCUCCAGCGCAUCUGCGCCCCAGAAGACGGUGGCCCCUCCGCCUCCGCCUGCGCAGGACGGCGAGUCAAACGAUUUGUCUCGCUUCCCGCCAUAUAGCUUCGUCAGGCUCAAAGGCCUGAAGGUCAACACUGACCUCAACGGGCUGUGUGGUAUCGUCGCUCCGCCAGAGCUGUCGCAGCCCCCAGCGCAGCACGUCCCAGGGACGUUGAAGGUGCGCUUGGAGUCCGACCGUGAGGUGGCUGCGAGGCCCCCAAACCUCGACUUGCUCGAAGGUGAGGGUAGCACCCUCGAAGCUGCCUUGCGCGAGCGACUAGAAAAGAUCGUGAAGCAGCUGAAGGCGGAGGUGACCCUGGCCUUCAGCAUGCAAGCGUCGCAAGCUUCACGAGGAAGAUCUGGAGCCUCCGGUGGAGUCCAAGCCAUGCGCGCUGCUGCCGCCUUCGCAGUGGCAGUGGCUGCGGAGGCGGCCGCAAAAGAG